AUUGACUUCAUGCAAAAGAUGCUGGAUAACGACCAAGCCGAACCUUCACAGCCACUAGAGGGAGACAAAGAACGUUGGUAUCUGCCCAUAUUUGGUGUUUACCAUCCACAAAAGCCUGAACAAAUACGAGUAGUAUUUGACUCCAGUGCUAAGUGUCAAGGCGUGUCACUUAACGAUGUUCUGCUCAGUGGUCCAGACUUAAACAACACACUCUUGGGUGUCCUAAUGCGUUUCCGCAAGGAUUGCAUUGCACUAACAGCAGAUGUGCAACAAAUGUUUUACUGUUUUGGUGUACGUGAGGAUCACAGAGAUUACUUAAGGUUUCUCUGGUAUGAAGACAACAACCCAGAUAGAAACAUAACUGAGUACAGGAUGAAAGUCCAUGUAUUUGGGAACAGCCCUUCACCAGCCGUAGCCAUCUACUGCAUGAGACGAGCAGCGCUACAGGGUGAGAAGGAACACGGGUCAGAACCCAAGCAAUAUGUAGUGAGGAACUUCUACGUCGAUGAUGGUCUGACAUCAGUAGCUACUACAGAAGAAGCUAUCAACAUUCUAAGAAAAACACAAGCAAUGUUGGCGGAGUCCAACAUGAAACUACACAAGAUUGCAUCCAAUAGCAAAACAGUUAUGGAAGCCUUCCCUAUGGAGGACCGUGCGAAACACUUAAAAGAUCUGGACCUAGGAGUGGAUCCUCUCCCCUUUCAACGGAGUCUGGGACUUUCCUGGAACCUGGAAACAGACAGCUUCUCAUUCCAGGUGUCCCACAAUGAGAAGCCUUUUACGCGGAGAGGCAUCCUGUCCACAGUGAAUAGUCUUUAUGACCCCCUUGGGUUCGUGGCUCCAAUAACAAUGCAAGGUAAAGCCUUAAUCAGAGAACUCUCUUCUGAUCAGAGUGAGUGGGAUGUCCCUCUUCCAACAGAAAAAGAAGAGAAAUGGAAACAGUGGAAGCAAGUCCAGUGUCUCGCUGACACCUUUUGGAAAAGGUGGAGACAGGAGUACCUGACAACGCUGCAGAGACGCAGAAAAUGGACAGCAGAAAAGCCAAAUGUAAAAGUGGGAGAUGUUGUCUUAUUGAAAGACAGUCAGGCACACAGAAAUGACUGGCCAGUCGGGCUUGUGGUCAAAACCUUUCCCAGUACUGACAAAAAAGUUAGGAAAGUAGAACUAAAAAUUGUCAAGCAAGGAGCUGCUAAGGUGUUUCUGAGACCAAUCUCAGAGAUUGUUGUUCUUCUUUGUGAAGCAUCCUAGAGACAAAAGAUAAAAAUAGAAAGGACAUUAUUUGUUUCUUGAUAUGUUUUAUUUCAUAGUGGCACAAUUUCAUUAUACCAGGCGGGGAGUGUGCUGCCAUCCUGUUAGAAGAUAACAGAUUAUUUUAUUACAAUGGUUAAAUUGGAUUUUCAUUGUGUUCAAUGGUGUUAUUUGCCCCCUAGUGGCGCUUUCUGGUACUUAGAAAGUCAACGCAAACGGAAGUUCAGAAUUUGUUUUGCACGCAUAGAAGCAGCUACAAACAACGCUACGGUGCAGGUCUUUCAAUGUAGUUAUUUCUUGUCACGCUUCAGCCUUGGAAAAAUAUUUGUUUACUCAUGAUGGCGACACUUCAGAUUUAUCAAUAAGGAUUGGAGUCACUUGUUUCACAUACUUCAAGGUUAUCUGUAAAGCUGCCCUCUGAUAUUACACCAAGAAUAAGCCAAGAAUGUAUUUUUUUUAAUAAAUCAUAACUAUCACUACCACAACGAGGCUUACAGCCACAGCUUCAAGCACUACUUCUUCUAUGAUGGACACAGCCCUGUGGACUACAAGCUGCUGUCUGUCCAGGUGAUGAUUCGCCAUGGCGACCGUUACCCCCUUUACGCCAUCCCCAAAACCAAGCGGCCUGCCAUCGACUGCACCCUGUCCCCAAAGAGGAAACCCUCCCACCCCCAGCUGAAUUCUUUCAUUGGUCACAUGGCCCAGGGGGGGCGUGGCCACUGGGAGGGGACUCUCAGCUCGUUGCCCCGCCUCCCUAACCACAGCGCCUGUGAGAUGGGUGAGCUCACUCAGACAGGUGUGGUGCAGCACUUACGCAAUGGCCAGCUCCUUCGCCUAGCCUACAAGCGCCACAAACUCCUCCUGCCCAAUUUGUCGACCAAGCAGGUGUGGGUGGAGACUACGGGCAGGAGCCGCACCCUCCAGAGCGGGAUGGCUCUUCUGUAUGGGUUCCUGCCAGACUUUGACUGGAGCCUUCUGACAGUCCACCACCAGUGGAGCACGUUGUUCUGUGGUUCAGCCUGCGACUGUCCUGCCAGGAAUCCCUAUCUGGAGGAGGAGCAGAGGAGACAGUACCGCCUCAGAGCGGCAGACACUGAACUGGAGAGGACCUACGCAGACAUGGCCCGUACGCUAGGUCUGCCCCCGCGCCAGCUCAGAGCUGCCAACCCUAUAGACUCUCUGCUGUGCCACCUGUGCCACGGCCUGUCCUUCCCCUGUGUGUCAGCAGGGAGUGCUCUCGGCAGUGGGGGCUGUCUGACUCUGGCCCAGUUCGCUGUGAUCCGGAGGCAGCAGUUAGAGGACGAGGUGGACAGGAGGCGGGUGGGACUGUAUCGCCGCUACGCCGUGCUCGCCACGCACCCCUACCUCAACCGCACCGCCAAUCGGAUGGAGCGUGUCGCCAAGGCCUACGCUCGGGGACGAAAACCCCGCGCUGGAGGAGAGGAGGCGUUCACCCUGUCCUCGGCUCAUGACGUCACUGUCGCACCACUACUAAGCGCUCUGGGCUUGGAGGAUGCACUCUUCCCGAGGUUUGCGGCGAGGGUUGUGUUUGAGUUGUGGAAGAGUCCGCCCGCAACGCAGGGACAAUAUAAGGGGCAAGGCCAGGGCCAGAAUAAGGCUGCUUGGUUGAAAGGGGAGAGGUCAAAGGGUGGUAAUUGGGGAGACAUGUUUGUGAGGGUUCUGUACAACGGAGAGGAUGUGACUUUCCAUACCACCUUCUGUCGCUCACAUGACCGCAACGCCGCACAGCCGUUAUGCCCCCUGGGUAAAUUCCUGUCGUUCGUCAAGAAAGACAUGUUCAAUGUCCUCAACGCCACGUCCUACCACAACGCCUGCUACCGACAGACAGGCUGACUGACAGAUGGAAGGAUAGAGAGAGAAGAGAAUGAGUCAGAGAAAGAGGGAAUUAUAAUUUAGCUGAUUUUCGAAUUUGUUAAUAGCUCUUUUCCCACUUUGAUGGUAGUGUCCUUUUGACAUUUUCUAAAGUCACAAACAUUCCUAGAAAGCAUAAAUGCUGAUCAUACAUAUCACUGCAAAAAUACAUAUUUUCACCAGCAAAUUCCUAUACACAAACACACGUGCUCACAUACUUUAUACAUACUCUUCACGCCUUCUUGAUCAGAUGUCUUUGUCGAUAAAGUUUGACUUCUAAACUGACAGCCUUGUGGGGUUGACAAUCACACCAGGAUACUUAACCUGCAAUUAUACACAUUUCAUCAUUGACCUUUCUACAAUUUCUUAGUUUUGGAAAUGUUUGUAAGGAAUAGAGGUGGAAGGACUCAGGCACUUGAUUCACACAUUCCUGCAUUCCAACUGGGAAUGUUGAUUCCGCUUUUCACAAAUUCCUGCAUUGAAAGGGGAACGUUGAAACUGGAAACACUAAACUGCCAGUUAUAGUUUGUCUUGAUAUUGUCUGACAUUUUGAUUAAAAUGGUGCUGGAGACCAAUUAGAAUUAGGGUCAGUUUUGCUGUACAAUUAAUUUAUUUUAGUUUACUCACAUACUUUAAGCUGAAGUAAAUUUCAGUGUUAAGAAUUAAGUCAAUCCAACAAUUUACACCCAAUGCACCUUGGUGAAGGCUAGAAGGCUAGUUGUUAUGGUAUGUAGAUUCCACUGCUGCUGGAAGAUGGCAAUGACAGUUAAUAAAUAUGUCAUCAGUAAUUGUAAUUUCUGUGGACAUUUUUUUGAAUAAUGCUCAUCAGUUUGAAUAAUUAUAAUUUUGACUAUAAAGCACAUUACACAGUGGGCCACGAACUAAUAAAACAUGUUUCCUCACAA